UAUAAACACCACUUGGAUUUGGAAAAUAAAGAACAACUCCACACAUCAACAGGAGUGAAACGAGGGAGGGAGAGGAAGAGGGAGUGGAGGAAACACUCUGUUAACGUUCAUUUUCUUCAAUCACUCUCGCCAUUACUACAACUCAAGGUCCAGUACCAAAGAGUACUACAGUGACUUUAAAUGGCGUCUGAGCAGCCGCAAUUCAUCGCUAGCACUGGGAAUCGGAGUCGUUCGAAUGAGCCUCUGAUUGAGAAUGUGGAGUCCGAUCAGAUUAUUGUACCUGAUAAGAAAAGCUGGAGAAACUUGUUUGCAUACAUUGGCCCUGGGUUUCUUGUUUCUAUUGCAUAUAUAGAUCCUGGAAAUUUUGAAACCGACUUACAGGCAGGAGCACAGUACAAAUAUGAGUUGCUUUGGAUUAUAUUAGUGGCUUCAUGUGCUGCUCUCAUUAUUCAAUCUCUUGCAGCAAACCUGGGGGUGGUCACUGGAAAGCAUUUAGCAGAACAUUGUAGAGCUGAAUAUCCAAGGGUGCCAAACUUCAUCUUAUGGGUUCUUGCUGAAAUUGCCAUAGUUGCAUGUGACAUUCCCGAAGUUAUUGGAACAGCCUUUGCAUUAAACAUGCUCUUCAAAAUUCCAGUGUGGGUUGGUGUUCUUCUGACAGGGCUCAGUACAUUGAUGUUACUAGCAUUACAGCAAUAUGGGGUGAGGAAACUUGAGUUGUUCAUUGCAUUUCUGGUAGUUAUAAUUGCUGCAUGUUUUUUUGUGGAGCUUGGAUAUGCGAAGCCCAAUGCUUCAGAAGUGUUGAAUGGGCUUUUUGUUCCCCAAUUGAAGGGUAAUGGUGCUACUGGCUUGGCAAUUUCACUCCUUGGAGCUAUGGUUAUGCCGCACAAUCUCUUCCUGCAUUCAGCUUUGGUCCUUUCAAGGAAAAUACCACGAUCUGUUAAUGGCAUCAAAGAUGCUUGCAGGUUUUAUAUGAUAGAAAGUGGCUUUGCUCUAACGAUUGCCUUUCUCAUUAAUGUAUCAGUCAUCUCAGUAAGUGGUUCAGUUUGCAAUUCCUCGAAUUUGAACCCAGAUGAUCAGAAGAACUGCCAAGAUUUGGACUUGAACAAAGCCUCUUUUUUACUUAAGAAUGUGUUAGGCAAUUGGAGUUCAAAGAUCUUUGCAAUUGCUUUGCUAGCAUCUGGUCAGAGUUCUACAAUAACAGGGAAUGCAUACUUCAAAAAAGGAGAUGUAUCUGGAUUUCUUGAUUUACGACUGAAGACAUGGAUUCGCAACUUUUUAACUCGAUGCUUGGCAAUAGUCCCUAGUCUGAUAGUUGCAUUAAUUGGUGGCUCUGCUGGAGCUGGACAGUUAAUCAUUAUUGCUUCGAUGAUUUUAUCAUUUGAACUCCCUUUUGCUCUUAUUCCACUUCUCAAGUUCACAAGCAGCAAGACCAAGAUGGGGACUCAUGCCAACUCAAUUGCUAUUUCAGCAGCUACUUGGAUCAUUGGAUCCUUGAUUAUGGGCAUAAAUAUAUACUAUAUUGCAACCAGCUUCGUCAAAUUGCUUCUUCAUAGCCAUUUAAAAGUCGUAGGCAUGGUGUUCUGCGGAAUACUUGGAUUUUCAGGGAUUUUGGUUUAUUUGGUUGCAAUUGCAUACUUGGUCUUCCGAAAAAAUAAAGAGGCGACACACCUUCUGGCAUUAACUACACCUGAGAGUCGUCAAAUGGCAAAUGAGGGUGAUGAUAGUCUACCUAGAGAGGAUAUAGUAAGCAUGCAGUUGCCUAAACGGGGGACUAACGUAGAUUUUGACUGAUGGACGAGUAAGCAAGGUAGAUUAGGGAUAUAGAAUCUAAAUCAUUCAUAGAUUGUUGCUCAUGAAUUCAGUUAUUGAUUUUUGCCUUUCAUCAUUUUGGAUAUUGAGGACAGUGUGUUUGAGUACUUGUUAUUUUAAUAAAUCAUUCUUAGAUUGUUGCUCAUGAAAUUCAGUUCUAGAUGUGACUUUUUGCCUUUCAUCAUUUUGGAUAUUGAGGACAGUGUGUUUGAGAA